AUGGGUGUCCUCGAACAGCUCUCCCGAAAGUCCGGCGUCAUCGUCGGUGAUGACGUCCUCCGUCUCUUCCAGCACGCCAAGGCCAACAAGUAUGCCAUCCCGGCUAUUAACGUGACCUCCUCCUCCACCGUCGUGGCUUCUCUCGAGGCCGCGCGCGACCAGAAGUGCCCCAUCAUCCUUCAGCUCUCUCAGGGUGGUGCCGCCUACUUCGCUGGCAAGGGCGUCAGCAACGACGGCCAGGCUGCUUCCAUCGCCGGUGGUAUCGCCGCUGCUCACUACAUCCGCAGCGUUGCUCCCGCCUACGGCAUCCCCGUUGUCCUCCACACCGACCACUGUGCCAAGAAGCUCCUCCCCUGGCUCGAUGGUCUCCUCGAUGAGGAUGAGCGCUACUUCAAGCUCCACGGCGAGCCUCUCUUCUCCUCCCACAUGAUCGAUCUGUCUGAGGAGCCCGUCGACUACAACAUCCAGACCACCGCCGCUUACCUCAAGCGUGCUGCUCCCAUGAAGCAGUGGCUCGAGAUGGAAAUCGGUAUCACCGGUGGUGAGGAGGAUGGUGUCAACAACGAGGAUGUUGACAACAACUCCCUCUACACUCAGCCCGAGGACAUCCUGGCCAUCCACAACGCCCUCUCCCCCAUCAGCCCCUACUUCUCCAUUGCCGCUGGCUUCGGUAAUGUCCACGGUGUCUACAAGCCCGGCAACGUCCGCCUCCACCCCGAGCUCCUCAGCAAGCACCAGGCCUACGUCAAGGAGAAGCUCGGCUCCCAGGAUGACAAGCCCGUCUUCUUCGUCUUCCACGGUGGCUCUGGCUCCUCCAAGGCCGAGUACAAGGAGGCCAUCAGCUACGGUGUCGUCAAGGUCAACGUCGACACCGACAUGCAGUACGCCUACAUGAGCGGUAUCCGCGACUACAUGCUCAACAAGAAGGACUACCUGAUGUCCCCCGUCGGCAACCCCGACGGCGAGGACAAGCCCAACAAGAAGUUCUUCGACCCCCGCGUGUGGGUGCGUGAGGGUGAGAAGACCAUGAGCAAGCGUGUCCAGGAGGCUCUGGAGGACUUCAGCACUGCUGGCCAGCUGUAA